GAUAUCAGUAGUAAUCGUCAUCGUGCGUCAGCAAGAAUUGUCACGCUAUGGAAUAGCUCUAUCCAUUUUCUUUACACAUGUUAAUGAUAUACGAUAUACGGAUAAUAAUUUAAACGUUAUUAACUUAACGAAACGAAUAACGACACUUUUGAUUAACGUGUAAGCAACGUGAAAAAUGGCAGAGGAGAACAUUAUUUUGGACAAACAUUUACUCGAGUAUCUACAAACAUACGUAAGAAACAUAAAUUUGGAGGCACCUACAUUUUAUGUAACUAGAGCUUGCAAAAAAGGUGACAAUUUCGUUGGACUCGUUUAUAACGUGAGAAUCGAAGGUAUUGAAAAUGACAAAAUUAAGAAUAUUAACGUUAUUUUAAAGACACCAGUGUGCCUGUCGCACAAUCUUGUACAGUCUGUAUCCCUGUACAAACGUGAAAUAUUCUUCUAUCGGGAAAUAUUACCUCUUUUUAAAGAAACUUUAAAAAAACACGGUGGAAUCGCUGAUUUAUUUCCCACGUUUUACGAUGCUCAUGAAGAACCCAAAAAAGAGGUCUUGGUACUAGAAAACUUAAUGCUCAAAGGAUUCACGAUGAAAAGCUCGAGAAUUAUGGAUUAUCCGCAUGUUUCCUUGACACUUCGAAGUUUAGGUGAAUUUCAUGCAUACAGUUUUAUUACACGUGUCGCUGAUCCGAUAAACUUCAAUAAGUUAAAACAAAUGAAGGAACCAUUAUUCUACCAUAUCUUAAAAUACAAUAAUGAUGAAUAUAUUAAUUAUCUUUGCACCACCGUUGGAAAGGCUUUAAUAGGCGAAGAAAAACAUUAUGUCGAAAGGUAUCAAAAAUUCGUAGAUAAUAUUCUACAUAAUUUAAACGAUGUAGUAGAUGGGAACGCUGCCGAACCCUAUACCGUUGUAAAUCACGGUGAUGCUUGGACCAACAAUAUAUUGUACAAGUACGACGAGAAAUCGCAGGAAUGUUCCCAGGAGAAAAUACCAUGUGAUUUGCGCUUCUUAGACUUUCAAAUAUGUCGUUACGCAUCGCCCGUUUUAGAUAUAGUUUACUUGCUCUUUUGCUGCUGUACGCAGGAAACAAGAAGAUUACAGAAAUGUCAUUUAAAUUCUUAAAAUGUUGAUGUAGAAGUCAAAUUAUAUCUAAUGGUUAGGAAGCAAAACCCGUUAAACUUGGCUUCAUUGCCGGGACUAAUAUUUUAUAUUAGAGGUAUGCAAAAGUUUCCAUCGUUUUUAAGGCAAUAUUCUUUUAUUAAUAUUAUAAAUAACAUAGUAUAUUUAAUCAAAAUAUUUCCCGCCAUUAUCUACUACUUUUUGCCAUCUUUCAGGCAAAAGAUGGAUACCAGAGAUGGAUAAAAGAAGUCUUUGCUCUUAAAAUGAAUGAAGUUAUUGAUGAAUUGUUGCACUUCCUUAAGGGAGAAUUACAUGUCAUUUUUAAGGCUACUUUUACGAAUGUUUUUAACAAAAACGGUAAGAUCAAUAGACUUGAAAUUUUCACAGUGUCUUCAUUAAUGUUCAAAGU